AUGAAGACUCACUUAAUUACUAUCCCCAAAAAAAAAACUGAACAGAUUAAUUGGGUUAAACCAAUUAAUAAUUACUUAUUGUCAAUCUAUGGAAACACAUCAACAUAUCAAAAUGAUUUGACUUCAUUUGAUAAGCUAAGAGAAGAUAUCAGAGGAGUAAACGCCGAUAAUACUGGAUUAAAAUUAUAUUUUAAAUAUUAUAGUCAAUUAGAGAUUUUAGAUAUGAAGAUUCAAUUUUCAUCAUUAAAUAAAUCCAAAAGAAUUGAAUUUGUAUGGCAUGAUGCUUUCCAAAAUGAUAUUAUACAUUCACAAAACUCCUUAGCUUUUGAAAAAGCAAAUAUAUUAUUCAAUAUUGCUUCCUUAUUAACAAAAUAUUCAAACAAUAAAUAUAUUGAACUGCUGGCCAACAAUGAUAAAACAUUAAUUGCUGAACUGAUUAAUGUAUUGAAGCAAGCAGCUGGUAUAUAUGAUUUCAUAAAUGAAAACUUUUUACAUGCUCCAAGUGAUGAUUUAAGUCAAUCAACUAUUAAAUUCUUGAGUGCUUUAUGUUUAGCUCAAUGUCAAGAAAUUUUUACUUUAAAUACUAUAAAUAAUGAUUUAAAUCAACUGAAAAAUUCAUUGAUAUCUAAAUUAUGUAAAUCAACAAGUAUAUUAUAUGAAGAAUGUUAUCAAAUGAUUAGUAAUGAGGAAAAAGAAGAUUAUAAAAUAGUUGAUGAUUUUGAAAAGGAUGAAUUUUUGAAUCAACCAGAUCAAGAGGAAGAAGAAGAAGAAAAAAAAUCAAAAUUCGUUACUGCACAACUAGAUUCUUCAUGGAUUUCAAUAUUGUAUUUCAAAUUUCAAUUUUAUAAAUCAUUAGCAUUUUAUUUUAAUGCUUUACAAUUAGAAACAAAUAGAAAAUAUGGUGAAUCGAUUGGAUUCUUAAAUGAAUCAAAAUUAAUUUUGGAUGAUAUUAGUUCUUCUACUAUAAAAGCCAUAUCUAAAAAUUCAGGCACUGUUUAUGAGAUUUUGGACAAUUUUAAAUAUCAAAAAGAUGUGGUCAAUAUAAAAAUUAAUGAUUUAAUGAAAGAUAAUGAUUUAAUAUAUCAUGAUUUAAUUUUGAAAAAUGCAAAUUUAAAUCAAUUAUCACCCAUGAAAAUAGCUAAAGCCAUUCCGUUAAAUGAAAUGGAAACUUUCAAACAAAUUAGUGAACAAGGUUAUAGUAAUUUCUUGAAUAACGUUAUUCCUAUCAAUAUUCAUGAAUUAUCCAGUUAUUACUCAGAAGAAAAAUCUCAAUUAUUAAGAGGUGAAAUUGACUAUUUCGAAAGCUCGAAUGAAGAGAGUAAAUCAUUUUUAGAUUCAUUGAAUUUACCUCAAACAUUUGAUCAAAUCAAACAAUCUUUAUUACAAGACAAUGACGAGAUACCAUUUGAAGUUACAAAUAAAAUUGAUGAGAUUUCGCUCAAAAAUAAUGAACUUAAAGAACUUGAAUUAUCAAAUUUCAAUAUGAAAAAACAAAUUAGAGACCAAAUUUCUCAAAACCCACAACUAAAUCAUAUAAAUAAAGUUUUAUAUGAUGCAACAAAAUCAGAUGAAAAAUUAAUGCAAUUAAUAGAUAGAGGGCUUUAUGAAAUAUUAUCAAAAGGUCCACAAUCAAACGAAGUUAAAAAUUUAUUUAAACCAGAUCAAACUUUAGAAAAUCCAAUUCAAGAAAUUUCAUUAUUAGAUAAAGAUGAUUCACAAGAAAAACAAAUCAAAAUAAUUGAAAAUUUUUUACAAGACUUAUCUAAAAUAAAUUUAACAAAACAUCAAACAAUUGAUAAAUUAAAAAAAAUGAUUCAUUCAGAUGAUAUAUCAGAUGUACUUAUAUUAAAUUCAAGACAAAAAUCAAAUAAUGAAAUAAAAACAAUUAUAUUCCCACAAGAAUUAAAUAAAUUUAAACCAUAUACUGAAAAAUUAGAUUCAUUGAUUAGUAUGUCUAAAAUUAUUUUAAAAGAUUUAAAAGAACAGUGGGAGAUAUUAUUGAAAGAUCCAGAGAUUAAAAACUUACAAAAAGUAACAACUUCCAAAAAUAAAAAAAUAAUUGAAAAUACUCAAAAGAUUAAUCAAUUUUAUGAAAAUUGGAAGCAAUAUCAUAAUGGAUUGAAAAAAGGUAACACAUUUUACAAAAAUUUACAAAAUCAUAUAACUCAACAAUUAAAUCAAAAUUCAACUCAAUUGUAUCAACAACCACCAUUACCACAAAAGCAACCUUCGCAACAAUCUUAUCAAAGACCACCAUUACCACCACUAAAGCAGUCGAUGACUAACAGUAGUCAUUGGUCACAAGAUUCAACUAGAUCUUCAACUCCAAAUAAUUCAAGUUUAAUUUAUGAUCAACCAUCAACUUAUGAUCCUGAUAUGUAUGAUUUUUUUUCAAAAAAAUCAGGAAAAUAA